AUGGCCCGGCAAACCGAGCCCAAACGUUCGAUCACGGCGGCGAGCAGUGACAACGAAGCAUCACCAGCUCCCAGCCCUGGGGAUGCUCGGAUUUCUACCGUCAGCAGCUUGACACCGGCGCAGCGAGCUCCACGAGCAGCCAAGGGUCCCAUGAAACACCCAUGCGAUAACUGCAAGAGAAAGAGGACAAAAUGUAACAGCGAAGUGCCAUGCGCGACUUGUAUACGGAUGCACGUCAACUGUAAGUACACAGAUCAAUACAACAAGCGUGGACUCGCCGAGUCAAUGCUGAGACACAUCGACCUAAUCGAAGACAAAUUGGUGGAGCCGUUGUGUCUGUAUUUAGAGCUGCUUUCCGACCGAUGUUGGUACAAUUGGACAACGCCCAACAGACAGUCGGUGAUGGACGUCCUCUUAAUACUCCGUGAACGCGGGUUGGCCAUCCGGGCGUCCGCUCACGACAUGAUGCCAGAGAGCCGCCGCGGUAGCACCACAGACCAGGGUGCUCAUAAUCCCACGGGCUACAGCAAUGCAGACCAGUACUCUCAGCAGCCCACGGGCUACAGCAAUGCAGACCAGUACUCUCAGCAGCCCACGGGCUACGGCAAUACAGAUCAGGAUGCUCAGCAUCCCACGGGCUACGGCACCACAACAGACCAGUAUGUUCAACAUCCCACAAGCUACGGCACCACAGACCAGUAUGCUCGGUAUCCCGCAAGCUACGGCACCACAGACCAGUAUCCCCAGCAUCCCACAAGCUACGGUACCACAUACCAAUAUACUCAGGGCUCCAUAAGCUACGCCUCCAUGACGCACGCCCACGUCGAUAUACCAGAGAGGAGCAACGAUAGCACCAAAUACCCGGAUUCCACAGGCUACGGCAUCAGCCCCAAUGCCAACUCGGCCGCGGCAACGGAGGACAAUACAAAGACCACAGGGAUGGAUGGUGGGAGCGGCGGUAGCGAGCGGGAAUUCAACUUGAGGAACUGGCCGCCGCGGGACCAACACCCCGUCGUCCAAGACUUCCCAGAGAUCGGCUCGUCGAAUGCCUCUCCCAGGAGAUCUGACUUCAGCACCCGGCCAGCUGAAAUAUCUGUUAAUAUACAGGGUGAGGACUUACGUCACCCAGCGGAAUAUUAUCACCUACCCCGUUAUUGA